AUGUCAGUUUCGGCCUCUGUCUGCCAGUAUCCACCUCCCUGGCUCUGGCUUAUUCCCGCCGCUCUCGGUGACCGCCGUGGCCCCCAGGUGACACCGUGUAGCCCUGUGACCUCAGGUCAGACGCCACUGCUGGCGGCGUGUCAGCGCGGUCAGCUGUGGCCGGUGCACCAGCUGCUGGCGGCCGGCGCCGACGGCAGUGUCAGGGACGCCAGCGGAGCCGGCUGCGCGCACGCCGCCGCCGCCGCUGGCCAGCUCACGGUGCUCCAGUACCUGGGCGAAGUAGUUGGGUUCUCCCUGUCGGACCCCGAUGACGACGGCAGGACGCCACUGAUGGUGGCUGCGGCCGGAGGACACGCGGCUGCCGUCAAAUAUCUGAUCGAACAGGCCAGGCCGUCGCUGCUGUCCGCGGACGCCGGCGGCCGGACGGCCCUGCACCUGGCUGCCGCUGCCGGCCACCAGCACGUCUGCUGGCUGCUGGUGACCAGCGGCUCGGCCGAGCUGCUGACCGCUGCGGACGCCGAGGGGCGCGCGCCGCACCAGCUGCCGUCCGUCUCCAGAUCGCCAUGUGGUCGGAUGCUCUCCGACCUGUACCGGCGGCAGGCGGCCGGCCGCGGCCCGCCGUCCGUGCGGCCGGCCCAGCUCUGGAGCCUGCUGAGGCCGGCGGUCACCUACGCGGCGGCGCUGGCGGCCUGCUCGCUGGGGCCGGACGACUGGGCGCCUCUGCUGAACCCGGCACUGAUGCUGACUGCCCUGAUCACCCUGCGCGGCCAGGGUCACCGGCUCAGCCACCCCAGCCGCGCUCCCAGCUGGUUCGCCUUGGGCUUGGUGCUGACACUUCUGGGCGCAUCGGUCGCCUGCGUUCUGCUCUACAUGCAAACUCACGCUCUGGUGCCGCUGUACGUCACCGGCCUGUCCGGCGUGGUACUGGCUGCCUUCGUGGUCACCUUUCAUCGGGCGGUGACGGCCGCCCCGGGACUGCUGCCGCCGACCGAUCGCCUGGCCGACACUCUGCGAACGGCGGCGGCCACACCCACCGGUCAGCUCAGCUACUGCCCCCACUGCCAGGUGGUGCUGGCGAUGCCGGACCAGCACUGUCGGCUGUGCGCCCGCUGCGUCCGCGACUACGACCACCACUGUCUGUACAUCAUCAACUGUGUGGCGGCGGCCAACCGGCGCGUCUAUCUGCGCUGCCUGCUGGCGGGAACCGUCGGCUGCCUCACCUUCCUCGGCCACGCGUGGACCUACCUGGUGCGGACGGAGCCGGUGGUCGGCCGCUGGCCGCCGCGGCUCGCCGGCUGCGACAUCUACAUGGGCACCUGCGUGCUCGGCCACGCGGCGGCGCUGCUGCUGCUGCGCUCGCUGCUCUCGCACGAGCUGACCUACCUGUGGCGCGCGCUGCCGGGCGCCGGCUACCGGAAACUGGCGCAGAUGGCACGGUUCGUGGCUGGCGGCACUUUGGCACCGGCCCGCCGCGACUUCAUGCAAUGCUGAUGCCGCCCACGCGCUGUCGUUGAUGGAUGUGGUGUGAUACGUCUGUGAUGUGAUGUGAUCGAUGCACGUCAUUGACUGUGCAAGUGCUUGCCGGGUGACGGCAACCGCUCGUGAUUGUGGGCCGAUCAGUUUCCCUCUCUAGCAUUUCAGGAGGAUGGAAUGUAAAUGACAGUCAUUGUUAACACGUGACGUGUUUUAUGUUGGUAUUGUAUGUCGAUCGCGUGCCUGCCAUCACUGAAUUGUGAUUAAUUUGUGAUCGAAUUUCCGGGCAAAUCAGGAUUAUUAUUCUUAUAAAUAUUAAUUAGAGCUUCUUUCACCUGAAGUAUGAACACCUGCAUUGAUAUAGAGGUAUUUUAGGCGUUUGUAUAGCUUAUGCAUGCAUUUCAGUUUUUAUAUGUCGAUAGUGUCUUGUUUGCGUU